AUGCCUCCUCCAAAGUCCAACUCCUUUAAUAACCUGGCGGCCAUCCAAAAUGGAAGCGAGACACUUAAUGAACAAAUACUGCUUAAACGACUGGAGGAUCGAGAGAAUGAAGUCAAAUUGGCUGCUGAAGCUGGUCUACUGCUUAUUGAGGAAGUCGAACAGUUACGGAAUCGAGUCAAACUGCUCGAAAAGUAUCAGACGAAUGCUGAUAGUCGAGGGAUCUCCCCAUCGCCUUCCUUUGAUGAAAUCAAGUCCUUAAAGUCAGGCUUCGACCACCUAACUACCUCCGUGAAAGGUGUCGUAACAAAGAUACGAGGUAGCUCUGCAGACAGCACUCCUGUCGUAUCGAGAUCACCUUCAUCGACAAACAUUGGCGACCUGAAACAACCACCUCCCACUCCCAUGUGGGGUUUAAGCACACCAUCUCCUCUAGCUCCAGCAGCAGGUCCCGCUAUAACUACUCAACCACAACCAACUGCCCUGAUACCGUCACGCUCAAGUCUGAAACGAACUCAGACGGUGAAAUAUACUCGACCCUCAUCGCAGUCUAACGAUGCUCCCAGUAUGGAUGCAGCCAUGUCGAAUGCUAUAAAUAACUCGCUGUUGGAAGUCUCGAGAGCGCAACAGCUCAAGUUGAAGCAAACGGAAAAGCUGUGUGCUGAGUCGCAGGCACGAGUCUUGGAGUUGCAGGAGACUACUGAAAUGUUCAAGCAUCGAUUGUCUAGAGCCAUGAGUGACAAGGAUCGAAUGGAUGCUCAAGUUUAUGAAUUAGAAGUACGAGUACAAAAGGCUGAAGAGCAUACUGCAGAGCUACAAGCCAACAUGACGAAGCUGUCUCAUGAGAACUCUCGAUUAAAAGCAGAACGAGUAGCAGCAGAGUCUCGAGUAGAGUCUCUACGAUCAUCAGAACAGCAUCUUCAAGCUGCUCAUGAAAAGCUCAAAAUUAGCCUAGAAACUGAGUCUCAACGACAUCGUUCUGCUCUCGCAUCACUACAACGAGACAACAAAGAGCUUAAGGCCAAAGUAGAAGAACUAGCUUCCAUGAAACAGGGCAUGCAGAGUAAGCUGGAGCUGAAAUCUAGUCCAGCGAAGACAAGGACAGAUUCCGAUCUUGAUAAUAGACCAUCUACACCACCUGCUAAGUCAACACCAUUCCGUACACCUAAUUCAUCUAUGCCACCAUCUCCUGAUCGUAAUGGGUUUAUGAAUGAGACUCUAGCUACGUCAUUGGCAUUAACUCAGACUGAAUUGUCUGAAGCAAUGACCAAGAUCCAGUCUCUAAGUACCGAGAAUGUAGAAUUGGGUAAACUGUUGAGUGAUGCUCAAGAAACUAUAGAGGCAUUACGGCACGGUAGUGGAUCGCUAUUACAUUCAAGACCUACUACUCCUAGAAUGUCACCUAGAUCGUCAUCACCUACAAAGAGUCUUCAUCUGGAAAUGCUGAAGGGGUUGGACGAUGAUGUCAAGAACAGCAAUGACGAAGUGGCUGGAUUGACUAUGCGUAAUGGGGAGCUGGAGAGAUUGCUGCUCGAAGCUGAAGAUACUAUACGAGCAUUAAGGUCGGUUGUAGAAGACUUUGCUGCUGAGAAUGACGAAGAUAAACGACCUUCAUCACCGUCUCCAUCUCCCAAGCAUGAUUUAAUGAUGAAGCCUGUCGUAGCAGAUCAGCAAGUAGUGCAACUUGAACUCAUUAGUAGUAGAAUCCUCAACGCAGUUGAAAAGUUGAGUGAAUCCAAUAGUAGUGGUGUUGCUAACGACGAUGAUGUGGUGGUAUCAGUUGACAGAGGUCAACAAACUGAGCCUCUACUAUCAGUACUCGCCGCCAUCGAUAAUCUGAAUCCAAUUCGUGGUCUGCCUGGUGGACACCUACGAUUGUCAGAUAACUCACCAACCCCUUUGUCUCAAGUUUACGAUGUAUCGGAUACGGCAGUGAAUGUGAGGCGAAGAUCUAGUAAUAAUCUAUUAAAUCACGUUGAAACGGGUACAGAUGUGCCUUCUCCCUUGUCCUCAAGUGAACCCGUAUCAUUCUCAUCGUCGACAUCAUCCCUAUCGAAACUGGCAGAGUCGAACGACGGUACUAGUACACCAACAGCUACUUCCAGAUCCAUGUUUUCGAUCAAAUCUCAUACCUCUAUACGGCAAAAGCAACGAGCACCGCUACCAUGGCCGAUGCCUUCCCGAUUCGUGAAUCAGCCGCAAGUGUCAGAUGACGAUGCCGCACUGAAUUCACGUAAUGGUGCCGUCACGCUUCAUCCUAGUAGUCUUGAUCAUACAGGUGAAAACUCGACAAGAAGAGAUCGGGAGAAUGUAAUGGUUGAUUUUAUGGAGCAGUGGAAGCGAUUGGGAGGUGCUCCGUCUGAACGGACUUUGUUUGAUGAUGGAAUGAAUUUGAAUGGUGCUUCGGCUGUAGCAGCGGGUCAGACUGUAGAUGAUGGAUCUGCUGGGGCCAUGUUUAAAGUUAAUCCGGUUGAGUGUCUUACUCAGACCAUGAUUGGAUCUUGGUUCCAAAAAUAUGACCGUCGCAACAAAAGGUCACAUUUACGAUUCGUUUGGGUAAAUCCGUAUUCUCGACUACUGAAUUGGGCUCCUCAGCCUCCUAGUCAAGGUGGACGUGGAAUCAAGACUAAGACUGCAUUCAUAACCGACAUAAAAUUCACCGGAACAGCACCGCCCGUCCUCCUCGAACCAAACCAUCCACCAACAAUAACCCACUCGAUCGACAUUAUAACAUCAGAUCGUCUAAUCCGACUCAUACCUACCAACUGGAUGGAUUUCAGAAUGUGGACUCAGGGUAUCUCACUACUCUUGUCUCGGGCACGACAGGCUGCACCGCUUCACGAACAGUUCCAGAUGGUUGAUUUGGAUGGCGGUGAACCGUCCCGAGAAAAUAGCACUGUGGAUGCAGAUGACGAUGAAGAGGAGGAUGAUGGUUCGCCGCCACAGCCGUUUAAAGAGGGUAUUGUGCCUGCUGCUGAGAUUGCUGAGAUUGAGAAUCUGAAUAAGGAAAUGUUACCACCAGUAAUACCCAAACCACCGAUAGAUGGUAGUGAUAGUGUUAUUAGGACGCCGACACGUAGUAGUCGCUCAGGAACACGGAGAUGGUCGUUUGGGAAGUCACCGUCGCCGCUAGCUCCGGAGGUGUCUGAUAAUAGUAGUAGCGGUGGUAGUGGUGCUAGUAAUGGUGCUAAUUCGUCGUUGGCUGUUAUAAACGAGAAUGAGGAAGUUAGCAUACCACCAUCUAUUCUGUCGGAUAGACCGAUCGAGAGGCCAUCUAGUGGUGGGUCAUCUUCUAAACGGAGGAGUUGGGUUAUGUGA